GGAAACGCUGCCAGAGUUCCUCCAGUGCCAGGAUCAGCGUGGGCACUCUCUCCAUCAUGUGGCGAGAGAUCGUGGCGUACCGGAACUAUUUGAUCACCGUGCUGACUCCCCUGGUCUUUCUCCCUUUGCCUCUGGUCCUUCCUUACAAGGAAGCCCAAUGUGGCUACACCAUCAUCCUGAUGGCCAUCUUCUGGUGCACUGAGGCCCUGCCCCUGGCGGUGACCGCUCUCAUCCCUGUCCUCUUCUUCCCCCUCAUGGGCAUCAUGGACUCUACGAAGGUGUGCAUGGAGUACCUCAAGGACACCAACAUGCUCUUCAUUGGGGGGCUGCUGGUGGCCAUUGCUGUCGAGCACUGGAACCUCCACAGGCGCAUCGCCCUGCAAGUCCUCCUGAUCGUCGGGGUCCGGCCUGCCUUGCUCCUGAUGGGCUUCAUGGGCGUCACUGCCUUCCUCUCCAUGUGGAUCAGCAACACGGCCACCACCGCCAUGAUGGUGCCCAUCGCACAUGCUGUCCUUCAGCAGCUGCACAAGUCGGAGCUGGAGCAGAGCACUGUGGAGCAAGAGGCCACCCAGAACGGGACUGCCAACAGGGCGUUUGAGUUGCAGGAGGCCCCCCACACACAAGCAAACGCGCAUGUGCAGGUGGUGGUGAAGGAGGAGCAACCACCACAGAAGCUGGAGGAAGACCGGCAGCGGCUGCAGCAGAAGCACGAGACCUUCUGCAAGGGGAUGAGUCUGGCCGUCUGCUACUCUGCCAGCAUCGGCGGGAUCGCCACCCUGACGGGCACCACCCCCAACCUGGUGCUGAAGGGGCAGAUGGACGAGCUCUUCUGCCACAACAACAACGUGGUGAACUUCGCCUCCUGGUUCACCUUUGCCUUCCCUGCCAUGGUGCUGCUCCUGAGCCUCUCGUGGCUGUGGCUGCUGAUGAUAUUCCUGGGCCUGGACUUCAGGAAGAAUUUUGGCUGCGGCACCAGCGAGUCGGAGCGGCUGAAGGCAGGCAGGGCGUACAGCAUCAUCAGGAGCGAGUACCAGGCCUUGGGCCGCAUGAAGUUCUCCGAGGCGGCUGUGCUGGUCCUCUUCAUCACCCUGGUGGUCCUUUGGUUCAUGAGGGAGCCCGGCUUCAUGCCCGGGUGGGCGAGUGCCGCCUUUAGCCAGGAGGGAAAGAGCUACAUCACAGAUGCCACCGUCGUCAUCUUCAUCUCACUGCUGCUGUUCCUGAUUCCCUCUGAAAUGCCCGUCUGCUCUUCCCGGGGCCAGCUCGAAGGCAGCCCACGGCAGAUCUGCGUGCCCCCGGCCCUCCUGGACUGGGCCACGGUCAAUCGACACAUGCCCUGGAACAUUGUCAUCCUCCUGGGCGGAGGGUUCGCCCUGGCCAAAGGCAGCGAGGUCUCGGGCCUGUCCAAAUGGCUGGGGAGCAAGCUGACCCCUUUGCAAACCAUUCCCCAUCCAGCGAUCGCCUUCGUGCUCUGCCUCCUGGUGGCCGUCUUCACCGAGUGCACCAGCAACGUGGCCACCACCACCCUCUUUCUGCCCAUCCUGGCUUCCAUGGCCCAGGCCAUCGAACUCAACCCGCUGUACGUGAUGCUGCCCUGCACGCUCGCGGCCUCGCUGGCCUUCAUGCUGCCGGUGGCCACCCCGCCGAACGCCAUCGUCUUCUCCUACGGCAACCUCCGGGUCAUCGACAUGGUCAAAGCUGGCUGUGUGCUGAACAUCCUGGGUGUCCUGACCAUCAUGCUGGCCAUCAACACCUGGGGCUUCCCCUUGUUUGACCUGCACCAAUUCCCGUCCUGGGCAAGCAGCAAUGCAUCUCAGUGCUGACCGGAGGAAGAGCGUUACCCGAACUCAGAGCCGCUUCCCAGGCCCCAUGGCUUCCUGGACAUCACGUUGUCCCACCUCAGGUUGGCCCUGCCUUUGAGGACUGGCACUGGCAUGCUGCCAGGCAUUGGUGGAUGGACGUCUUCUGGGCACCGGUCUCCCCUUGCCCUGAAGGGCUCCAGGCACGUCAUGUGAGAGCCAGAGGAAAGGUGUCUUCCUUCCAAGCAGCUCACGUGAAUGCGGUGCAGCACUGGCCAGCAGCACUGGCCCGAUGCAAAGCUGGAGCGGGGAUGCCUCUGUUCUGGUUCAUGCGUCAGCUCCUGCGGAGCAUUUCUGCACCAGCCACAACAGCUCCAAACGUCCCGCCGGGCCAGCCCCCCCACCGCUGGGUGCUCUGUGUUUGCAGCUGCAUGUCCAGAAACUUCCUGGCACUUCCUGAGCAGCUGGGCUGCGGGGUCUCAGGCCAGGGCAGGACCCUGGGGUCUCUCCUGGGCAUCAUGAAACUAUGAUUCUGUGAAAUAAACUGGUUUUCAGCCAGCCCUGCUCCCUGCGACCUGGUUCCUGGGCAGAUGCCCCCUUUGCGUGA